AUUGUACAAUGCGCAUGCGUUGCGAGGCAGUGCGAGAAAAUGGCAGACGUCUCUUUGGAUGAAGUGAUACGACAGCGCGGUAUUAACCUCAAGCCACCAACUAAAAGGUAUCCAAACAUCGCAAAAUCAGAAAUAUACGUGGUUAUUAGUAACGUAGAAGUGUGAAGUAACACUUUCGAGAGCCUAACGAGCAUUGAGACAUUUUGUAAAUAGUCGGCUAGGCUAACGUUAGCCCUUGUAACUAGCUGGAGUCCACCAUAGACGAUAGCUGAAGUUAGCCGACAGUAGCCAAAGGCCUGAACGUCUGCAUCGUUUUAACGCUAAAUGUUAAACAAAUGUGAGUUAUACGUGUAAAUAAAUCCACUCAUUAUCGCGUUACGCUGGUGGGCUAGUAUUUAUGCGUGUGUAGCUUGGUCUGGUUUCAUUCUGUAUGUCAGCAUUACUCUCCAGGCUUUGCUGUGUACCAAGCUAAUAUUGAUGUUGGCAGUAAAGCAGGUUUCUGCUCCUUCUGUAAUAACCAAAUAUGUUUUCUGGAAGCAGCGGGUUUAUCAGGGUGGUGGCUCGUCGUCCAGCCCCAGUAUCUUUGUAAAUACUGGCCCUCAUGCACAGGGAGGCAUUGUUAAACGCUGGAAAGAGUAAAAAUACACACUACAUAGGUAUAGAUUUAGUUGCUACAAAGCCAGUUCAUUAAAGUAGAAGUAAAACCAUCUUUCUGUCGAUAGACUUUGUUUAAAGUUUCAUUUAUUUGUUGAAAAUGUCCUCAAACCAAUGAGUACUAGGCCAUUAUUUCAAACCUGCAAGAGUAGGGCAGUAUGAUGUGCUCAUCCAAUCUGAUGGUGUUUAUGUAGUCGACAGAAAUUUGUGUUUCCUCAGUUAUUGAUGCAGUAUAUGGCCAAGUGCAAGUUUUAUUCCUUUAUUGGAGAGCAUAGGACAGUAAUAGAGCUGGAUGCAACUUGGAGUGACAUGCAGGAAAAGGGACAGAAGGUUUGAAUCAAACCCGGGCAGCCUGUUAGAGGAAAACUCCGCAGAUAUAAUUGUUCCACGGGCCAGAUUUGGCUCCCGGGCCUUGAGUUUAUUACCUGUGACAGAGGGCAAGUAAUCGAGCCACUGAACCAACAGCAACCCCUAUAGCAUACACUAACAUUAAAGGAAAAGAACCACAUUGAAAAACUACUCAAUAAAAGUACAAUCGUAUAAAAAGGCUUCUCGAUUAUAGUCAUGUGAAUGAAUGUUAUUAGCUGAUCAUUAGUUGGAUCAUAUUGGUGAAAGUGUGACUUUGAAAAACCUGAGUAAGUUUAGGUAGCUGGAAUAUUAAGAAAAAAAUACCAAAUGUUGUGUUAUUGAUGAACUUAAAUGACCUUUGGUGUUUGUGUCCCUCAGACCAAUGUUUGGACGAGGUGCAGGAGGGACUGGGAAGGGUUUUGAUGCCCGCCAGAGGAUAGGUGCCAAUGAUAUGAGACAGCGUCUUGGAGGAGGAGGAGGAGCAGCAGGUAAGAGGCAUUACUACUGCCCUGAAGAACACAAAUGCUGUAUCACUCAUGCAUUUCCUCCAUAAACUCAUCUUAUUUGAUAGUUGCAAACCCUGAGAAAACAUGCAUCCAUACAUUAUUUGCAGACUCAAACUCUCAGGUGGGAACAACAACAGUCUUCAUACUGCUUUUCGUGGUGGCCUGCUCAGUCUUUACUUGUCUAAGUUGCCAAAAUUCUCCCAAACCAAGAAACCAAGCUUUGACUUCUCAUGGAAACUUGAUAAGUAAAUAUGCAAUGAAGGGAAACAUACUAAAGAUGGACUCUAUUGUUGGCAGUAUUGGCAGAUAAAAGCAUAAAAAAUGUGUCAUCAGUACAGGAGACUUUCUGUCUAUUUCCAUCCUACACGACAGCAGGCCAUACUUAAAACAGUUACUGGCUAAUGUUAUCACUAGUUCUGUUAUUAUUCAUCGUACAACGCAGUUUAGUGUUGAUCCUGACUGUAUUAGGGAUAUCACUGUGAAUUUUCCUAUUUGAUGAGUUCAUUUAAAACCACAAAAUGUGACCGGUGAAGAUAACCAUGUAUACAAGACUAGGGAUGGGAAUCGAGAACCGGUUCUUGUUGAGAACCGCUUCCAAAUGGUUUAAUCCAUCGACAUUGUUUAUAUUCUAUCUUAAUGAUUUCUUUCUUCCGGGUGCCUUAUAAAACGGUCUCACGAGAGCCAGUCUACGCCAACAAGAACAGAGACUUUAAGGAAAUAAACAUUGCGAACGGUACGACAAAUAAUACCGACCGAAGAAAAUGCUGUACAAAUAGUUCGUCGUUUGAUUAUUUUUAGACAAUAGCGAUUGAAUUGUUUUGUUUUUUUUAUCAAACUGUGCAUUAUAGCCAGUAAUAUAAGUCUGCUUGUCACUGGCUCUCACUGAAGGUGGCAUACUUCUUUUUUUCUGUUAUCAGACACUCAAUUAAAUUUUGAGUUAACGGUGAAAACCUAUCGUCUACUUUUUUUAAAAUAAAGAAAGGCAUGAUAAGGGAAUCGUUAAAGAAUUGAAUCAAUAAGCAGAAUUGAUAAUGGCAUCGAUAUCAAUAAAAUCUUAUCAAUUCCUAUCCCUAUACAAGACUGCAGUGUGCAUGGACUAAGAAAUUAUGACUCACUCGGGUAUUCUUUGUAUUUUUUCGGAUUUAACACUUACAGAAAGUUGGACAGACACCCAAAAGUCCCUUAUUUUAAGAAGUCCUUAUUUUACUCAGCCAGAUAUCUUCCCAUCUUGAGGCAAUGUUCUGAAAUUGUCUCUAUUUGCAAGUCUUGUAAAAUUGUUGGGUUUUUUUUUUUUUUUUGUUAUUGCUCGCAAAACAACAACAACAACAUGACGUCAACGUUACAUAGCUGCCAUCAGCUGGCCUACUUGUUUAUAACAGUGAAUCAUUGUGAUGGUGUUUUGCUCUAAAGCAGCUUUGUGACUAAAGAUUAACCAGGAAAAUACAACAGAGAUGACUGUAAUUGAGCUUUAACUAAUAGAAGCCCAUACAUAACCUUGCUUUUAUGUUUUAAUCCACAGAGUCAACACACUUUUACAGGGGAGAGGGUUUUGAUCAAACAAAAGUUUGACUCAACAAUUAUGGGGAAAUGAAUAUUAUGGACUCAAACCAUUAGGGAAAAUAUUUAAUUGUGUACAAAGUUUGUCAAGUUGCUCACAGCUGACUCAGUCCGUCUCUCAUCCCCUGUCAGGUUUUCAGGUGAAAGAUGCCAGAGAAAUGCUGGGCCAGAAAGACGCCCGCUUUAAAAUCCGAGGCAAAGGAGCAGCAGGAGGAGUGAAGGACGCUCGUCAGAUGAUCAACUCACGCAAAGAGGGGCAGCUCCAAUUCAGCGUCCCAGUCCAGACCACACAAAAGACUGCAGUAACGCACCAGCUACAGAGCCAGACGCACAUGCCACAGAUCCAGAUACACACCAACAACAACCUGGCAGGUGUGAAUCUGAGACAACUCACCCGAAACGUACAAGGACUGAAUGUGAGGGGCGCAGCGGCACCACAGCAGGGGAGUACGAAGAGAGUGAUGGAUGCUCGUGAUAGGCUGAGCCUGAAGAGGAGCAUCGGAGGGACACAGACACAGGCAACCACCGCACCACCCCUAAAAAUAACAAAGACCAUCCAGGUGAGUUGAGAAGAAGUUGUCCUCUUAACCACCAUGUAUAAAUGUACACAAAGCAGCAAUCUAAAGUAUAUCGACCUGCUUUCUGUUUCUACAGCAACGACCGUUGGGGAUGUCUGGAGGAAUACGUGCAGCUACACAGGUAGAAAAGUUCUUCAUUGCAUAUCUAAGCAAAAUAACUCUUGUUGGUGAAUGUUGUCCCCUGAAGAGAGGGGUUUUUUUUCUUGAAGUGACAAAACAUUCAGCUAAAGUCGACCAUUUUGUCUCCCUCAGCCUAUCUCAAAUGAGCAUGAUGGCAUCUCCAGUAAACAGGUAAAGACCAACACAGCUAAGCCACUACAUGACAGCAGUUAUAAUGACCACAGACACUGAAAAACUCAUUGGUUAUCUAGAGCCAGCAGGUCCUAAGUAGAACAAACUAACUGCUUUUUGUUUGUGUUCUUAUACAGUCUGGUGCGCUGGGUUCUUCAUUCUCCAUGUCAGCCCCCAUCACCAAGGUGGUUAAAAACGACGCUUACACAGCUCCACGUCCCCCCGUUCCUGUGGCUCCCACCCGACCGAACACCAGCGCGGCUGCUGCCCGGUCCUCAGCUGCAGCCUUACAGCCUGUCUCCAGGACUCUGCAGCAAAGCGCAGCAGGAGCAAGCACCACAGCUCCCACACCCCCUCAGGUAAACACCCCUGCUUGUUUCAGUUAUCAGUCUUUGCUCUAUCCUCACAUUUGUGGCUGCACUACUCUUGUUAUGAUGAACCAGUUGGAUGCAAUACCACCAUGCCCUGGCAAACCCAAGAGAACUGGAAACCAGUUGACUCAUUUUCAAGUCAUGGAAAACAAAGGAUAUUUUUCCACUUCACAAGUUAAUAUAAAUCCAUGUGAAAUAUAUAAGAUAACCAAGUGUAUUAGAUUUCUCUGUGAUCUCAUCACGUACUACACUGUGGUCACAAGGCUGCCCAUGUGUGAUCCACUCACCAUCUCAGAUUAGAUGUAAAUGUUAGGAAUGAACGCGGUCAAAGGCUACAUUUCUUGACUCUGUUUGCUUCAGUUAUCUUCACUGAUAAACUCUGAUCACAUGGGUUUGUCUUUUUUUUCCUUGCAGCCUGCUUUCAGUCCGUUGGAGGGGACAAAAAUCACAGUGAACAACCUGCACCCCCGGGUCACCGAGGAGGACAUAGUUGUGAGUAAAUUGUGCCGAUAGCUUUUUGCAUAGUUUGAUUUUCAGUGAUGUUUUGACUGUGCUGCGCUGUUACCACUCAUUCAUAGUGUGUUUCCAUCUGUUUGUCCACAGGAGCUCUUCUGUGUGUGCGGGGCCUUGAAGCGAGCGCGGCUGGUGAAACUGGGUGUGGCCGAGGUGGUGUUUGUACGUAAAGAGGACGCAGUGAGCGCAUACAGGAAGUACAACAACCGCUGUCUGGAUGGUGAGUGAUGAAAACAUACAAAUCUCUUCUUUUACAAGCUUUCUGUUUUCUUUUCUACAAAACUUCAGGCCUAUUUUUAGUUUUUUUGAUACUUCAAUGUUUUUGUUAUCUAAUAGGUCGUCAGGUCAGACAAGGUCAUCGGCAGUUUGAGUUGAGUGCAUUUUUCUGCAGCAUCUGUUUGAUAUUUUCUCUUUUUUUUUCACCUCCAGGGCAACCAAUGAAGUGCAACCUCCAUAUUCAGGGAAAUGUCAUCACUUCUGAUCAGCCCAUUCUAUUGUAAGUCCGCCUGCAAGGCUUCACUGCCUCUCUACAGAGAAAUCUGUGAUUGACUGUGUUUACAUGUACAUGCAAUACUUGAUUGAUCCUCGUCAGCUACAGAGAGCCUCUUUAAGGACUGAAAAUCAGAAGUGUAAAAGGAUUGCCUUCAGAAAUUUUCCAAACAGUCGCUAGAAAGUACUCUUGAGCUGUUUGCACAGAUGCACAGAAUUGUUGUGGGUGGGCUGCAUGUGUGAAUGCCAGCAGCCAAAAAUUUCACCCUAACUUAUCUAGACUUUCUCCUGCCAGGCCUCUUGUGAAAUUUCCUUAAGGACUAAGUAGGGGUGAGUCGGUGUGAGCAUGCAGCUUUUGUAAAAUGUCCUGCAAUCGAGCAAAGUAGGGGAUGGUGCUGUUUUUUUUACCAUGUGACUGAUAUGAAUCAGGAAAAAUGAGAUGCAACUUCACAAAUAAAACAUCUGAGGCUGAAGAAAAGAAUCAUUAUGAACAGGGAAGAUGUCUGUUUACAUGGAGCAUUGAUAAAAUUGUAAACAAUAGGGGUCGACUGAUGCUGGUUUUCAGGGCUGAUACUGAUCCUUAGAUGUUCAUGAGACUGAAAACAGAUUUAUGAAAGCCUAAUGUGUUCACAGUAGAAAUGAUAGUCCUGACAGAAUUGAGACUUCAGGAUGUUUCCGUCUCCACUGGAAAACUUUUUUUUAAAGCAAAUGUUCGAUCAAAACUGAAACUUUCAACCUCAUGUACAAGAGAUUAAUCAGUUACACUUACAGCACCGUUAUGUCACACUCCUGUGACAGCUAACAGCCAUUCACGGGAGCUUCAGUGUGAAAAUGUAGAGGUUGCUGGUGUUUGAUGUUGAUUUUGACUCUCACUGUAUUCUGUGGAUGAUAAAUGUUCAGCUGAGGUGAUGUGUUAAUUCUGCCUCCCUGACUCUCGCAGGAGGCUCAGCGACACUCCAGGCACAGGCAGCAGCACAAAGAAAGACGGUUUGCCCCCCUCCUUGUCUCGCCCCGCGGGUCAGCGAGCCUCCUCUCAGCCCACCCCAGAGGUGGACCCUCAAACCAUCCUCAAAGCUCUGUUCAAGUCCACCACACAGUCCACAUCCACCACCGAGCCCCCCAGCUCACAGGCCACCGCCUUCCGCAUCAAGAUUUAGCUCCUAUCCUGUGUGAAUAACUCUGUUCAUAAACAUGUUACUGCAUUCUCAGUGUUCACGUACAAAUCACGAAUCCCACAGCCAUGUCCUCUCAUUGAAGCAGAUUUUUACACAUUUGAUAAACGUGACUACUACAAACUUAAAUUCAUGGAUACAGAACAUUCUGAUUUUGUUUUUGGUAGGACUGAAAUGUCAACUAGAUGUUCCUGAGAUUCACCAGUGAAGGAACUUAACUAAAUCUUAUUUUAAUCCAGUGUGGUGGGAGUUACCAAAUUAACUGGGUUCUUGGAAGUUUUCAUUAGAUUUUUUUGUCAAGUCAAUGGCAGCAAAUUUAACAAACAUGAAUUUAAAAUAUUUGGGUCUAAAUCAAAACAUUGGUAUGUUGUGAAAUGGGGAAAAGCAGGAAAAAACAAAGACACUACACAACACUGUCAUUAUUGGAAAUACUUCCUACUCGGGGCCUUGAGCUUCCACAAAGGUUUUCUUUUUUAGUUCUGUAUGAUAUUUUGGAUUCUCUGGGUGCACACAGACCUUAAAACAGAUGCCAUAUAACACAGCAGAUACAUUAUGUACCUGGUAAAACAGCACUGUGGUCAGUGCACCCUCAAGAGUUUAUCUUAAAACACGCAACUGGUUAAAUCAGGAGACUUAAACAUCUUCACUUCAGUGAACCAGCUGACGCAAAUUGUGUUUUUUUUUUUGUUUUUCUGACCAUCAGAUUUCCUGUGCUCUGUUUGUGACUGGUUUACUUUGGAGUCCAGUUUUUAAGCAGUACAUGUUAAAUUCUUUCAUAUGUUUAUGUUUAAGAACUGUAAAUUGCUUUUUUGUUGCUUUCUUGGUCUGUCAGUGAAGAAGAAGAAACUAGAGAGAUCAGAUCUGUCUGUGAAACCUCAUUAAACAUUUAGCUUUGUACGUGUUGUCUGAGGA